AAAUAAACUACAUAAACAUUCUUUGGAAGUCAGGCUAAGAUUUGAUUUCGUUGCUGUAAUUUUGUUUUUACAUGCGCUGUGAAUACGUGCGGCGUUAAUGAUUGAAGACGUUUUCGUGAUAUUUGGUUUAAAUACGUGUAUGUUUAAUAAUAAAUAAAUACAUGGUUCAAAUAAUUUGCAUGACAGAUUCUGUGUUUGAGCAUGAGUUUCCAUAGAGGAGGUGAUGGGCGGCCUAGAGGUUUCGGUUUUUCAGGAUUUCAGCUGAAACGAGACCGCGAGAACCAGUUGCCUCCACCACCUUCAAGUGCUAUUAGUAAACAUGGAUACUCCACUAUGUCUGCUAUUAGCCAAAAUGCUCUGGCCGCAAGCUACGGACUACCGAGGAAAAGAUCAAAAACUGAAGAAGAAUACUUUGAUGAAGAUGAUGAAGUUAGCACACCAACAUCAACUUUGGAGUAUAUACCUGCCCCAGGUAGUCCCUCUUACCAAGAGCCUAAAGAAGAAAGUUCAGAUUCGGAAGAAGAUCCUCUUGAUGCAUACAUGGCAGGAAUUGAACAGCAAGUGCGUACUGAUUCCACAAAACCGGUGGAGAAGGAGGAUAAGAAAAAAGGAAUUAGAGAUGAUAUAGAGGAAGAAGACAAUGAGGAAUCCUAUUAUAGGUAUAUGGAGGAAAAUCCUUUAGCAGGAGUGCAAAAUGAUGAAUCUGACCAAGAAAUAGAAUAUGAUGAAGAUGGAAAUCCAAUUGCACCCAAAAAAAUUAAAGAAAUCGACCCUCUUCCUCCAGUAGAUCAUUCCGAAAUAGAUUACUGUGAUUUUGAGAAAAAUUUUUACAAUGUUCAUGAGGAUAUCACUAGUCUCUCAAAUCAACAGGUGGAUGAAUUACGACAGAAACUUGGUAUUAAAGUUUCAGGGCCACAACCACCUCAUCCUGUGAGUAGUUUUGCUCAUUUUGGUUUUGAUGAAGGCUUAAUGAAAGCUAUUCGUAAGUCAGAGUAUACACAACCAACACCAAUUCAAGCCCAAGCUAUACCUGCAGCAUUGAACGGUCGAGAUAUAAUAGGUAUUGCAAAAACUGGCAGUGGUAAAACUGCAGCCUUCAUUUGGCCUAUGUUGGUACAUAUUAUGGAUCAGAAAGAACUGAAACAGGGAGAUGGACCUAUAGGAUUGAUUCUUGCUCCAACAAGAGAACUGUCACAACAGAUUUACGUUGAAGCAAAGAAGUUUGGUAAAGUGUAUAAUAUCCAGGUGGUGUGUUGCUAUGGUGGUGGAUCCAAGUGGGAACAAUCAAAAGCCCUUGAGGGUGGAGCAGAAAUUGUAGUUGCCACACCAGGCCGUAUGAUUGAUUUAGUUAAAAUGAAAGCCACAAAUUUGGAACGAGUGACUUUUCUUGUUCUUGAUGAGGCUGAUAGAAUGUUUGACAUGGGAUUUGAACCACAAGUGCGAUCCAUUUGCAAUCAUGUUCGUCCAGAUAGACAAACUUUAUUAUUCAGUGCUACAUUUAAGAAAAAAGUUGAGAAGCUAGCAAGAGAUGUUCUUACUGAUCCUAUUAGAAUUGUUCAAGGUGAUGUUGGUGAAGCUAAUACAGAUGUUACUCAAGUUGUUAAACUGGUCUCACUUGGUGGAGCCAAAUGGAAUUGGUUGUUAAAGCAUUUAGUGGAGUUCACUUCAGCAGGAAGUGUGCUUAUUUUUGUCACAAAAAAGGCAAAUGCAGAGGAAUUGGCCAACAAUUUAAAGUUAAAGGAAAUAGAAGUAUUGCUUUUACACGGAGAUAUGGAUCAAGUUGAGAGAAACAAAGUAAUUACACAAUUCAAAAAGAAGGAAGUAGAUAUACUUGUUGCGACAGAUGUUGCUGCAAGAGGUCUCGAUAUUCCUCAUAUUCGAACUGUAAUCAACUUUGAUAUUGCAAGAGAUAUUGACACACAUACUCAUAGAAUUGGCCGAACAGGACGUGCUGGAGAAAAAGGUUUUGCCUACACAUUAGUGACUGAAAAAGACAAAGAAUUUGCUGGACAUUUAGUGCGCAAUUUGGAAGGUGCAAAUCAGGAUGUACCUCAAGAUCUCUUAGACUUAGCAAUGCAGAGUUCAUGGUUCAGAAAGUCACGUUUCAAAAGUGGAAAAGGAAAGAAAGUUAAUGUUGGUGGCCGUGGACUUGGUUAUCGGGAAAGACCAGGCUUGGGAUCAUCUGAAAAUCAGAAUUCAGGAAGUAGUGGAGUUACUGAAGUGCUUGCUAAGACACCAAGAACUGGCCCAGGUUCUGACAGGUUGUCAGCUAUGAAAGCAGCUUUUCGAAGUCAAUACCAGAGCCAGUUUACAGCCUCAUCUGAUCACACAUGGGAACAAACUCGAGCUCAGCCAACUAUACCAGAUGACCCUCCAUCACCUCCACCCCCUUUUCUUCCUCCACCUCCUCCUCCCCAAAGCCUUUCACAAACCCAUUCACAAAGCCAUUCACAAAACGAGCCUCCGAAAAGAGUAAAGAAGAGUCGUUGGGACAAUUCAUAGGUGUGCGAGUCUCAGUUUUAUCUUGUAUUAAAACAUGGUCAAUACAGGCUGUAUUGCAUUCGAAAUAGAUAUGUUUUGUAUUACAAUAGUCAUAGUAAAUGUAAUAAUGCUACAUUGGAAUAUUUGCCUGCACUUGUAUAAAUUUUAUCAAAGUGAACAACAUUUUGUAUGUUAAAAGUUUGAUUUGUGAUGUUUUGUAUUGAAAAUAAGUUGCAUAUUUGAUUAAGUAUACAUAUACAAAAUAUUUCAGUUUUCAUAUUUUACUUUUUUAUUUCUUGCCCAUGUUGCCUAAUCCAGAGAUGACCAUCAAUGACAAUUCUCUUGAAGGUUUUAUGAGAUUGCCUUUGCUUGCACAACGAUGCUUAGAUUAGGUUGAUUUAAAAAAUCUUUUAGAUAGCCAGCCUGGUUGGCAGAUGUUAGGUCAACACAUAGCUAAAAUGUAUUUAAUUUGUUUAGAAUAAUUGUAUUGGUGCUUUAAAAGUAAAAGAUUAAUCUUCUCCAAAAAUUAAGUAAUUUUCCAUGUUUUUGAUUAAAGUGAAUUCAAAAUCUCAGAUUAAUCAAUCAGACAAACUAUGUUAUUUACCAGUGUGUACUUACAAUAGUUAAUAACAAUAAGAAUGGUUUGACAAUAAUGCAAAAUCACAAACAUCAUUGUACAUAUAAUGACACUACGAAUACUCUUACUUUAUUGGUGUGUAUACUGCUGCUUUUCUAUUUCUAGUUUACAAAGAGUGUGAGAUGAAUGUUACUGUGGGCAUCUUAUUUUGUUAGUAGGAUUAAAAUCUUGUAAGUUGAUCAUGUGUAAUGUUGCUGUAUACUAUAAUUGAUAUUGUAAAUGUUUCUUUCCUUGUAUUACAUAUUACAAAAUUUAUAGGAAUAGCAUUUUAAAAUAAUGUGUGCAGUUUAACAUUAAUACACAUAUCCUUUCUCAAAAAGUAACAUUAUACUAAUGGAUGAUCUAAAAUUGACGUUUUGUAGUUCCAAUUACCAAAACUUUAAUAGAUCAUUGGUUCACACAAUUUUCAGACAAAUGUGUAUGUAAUACUUUUUUUUUCUACACAGACAAUAGUCACAAGGUAAAGUGACUG